CAGCACAAGCGUGGCCCAGUUUUACAAGAGAUUCUCAAAGUGUCCAUAAAAUGUUUUUAGAUCUGUCUGGAAUAUUACAAACCCCAAAAACUGAUGUAAAUAUAGAGAAGGUAACAGCAGCUAAGAAUGUUUUUGAAGUCAGCUCAGGAUUUUAUCUUUAGGCUGGUUUCAAUGCCAGCGUUAAACGUCAACUGCGGUAAUUGCCACAGCACACCCCACUCUCCAUCAGUCAGUUAUUGGUACUUGAUGAACCAAUAGCAGUCACGGACGCGUCAUAAUAUUAUAAUUUCACCAAUCAGGAGCCACAUACAGGAGACGUUAUAAAGGCGGGACUUCCUGUGUCAGUUUAGAGUAUGGCUAAGUGUUUAUGAAAAUGCUGACCCAGGAUCAGGCUUUUCAUUCACCUAUCGUAUUUAAAACAUAAGCAUAUACGACUAGAGCUGAACGGAGAGCUGUAUUAGACUGUUAAAUGUGAGAGGUUACGUUCAGCAUAAACAUGGCUCUAACCUAGCCACUCCACAACCACUUAGAAAUAGUGAAAGUCGAGGCUUACUGCAUUUUAUUACCGGUCUGGUUUAUUCGAUUUGUGUUAGAAAUCCAAAGUCCUAAUUUACACGCGGUACAUUGCAAGCUUGUUCUACUACUGAAUGUCACCCUGCUCUCUGGUAUAUGUGCGGGAAUAACAUGUCCGCGCCGCUCCCCGCCAUUGUGCCGGCCGCCCGCAAAGCUACAGCGGCGGUCAUCUUUCUCCAUGGCCUGGGAGAUACAGGGCAUGGCUGGGCUGACGCUAUGGCUGCGAUCAGGACUCCUUAUGUCAAGUACAUUUGCCCGCAUGCACCAGUCAUGCCAGUUACCCUUAACAUGAACAUGGCAAUGCCUUCCUGGUUUGAUAUCAUUGGGUUGGGUCCGGAUGCAGUGGAAGAUGAAACCGGGAUAAAAAAAGCUGCAGAAAGCAUCAAUGCUUUGAUUGAUCAGGAGGUAAAAAAUGGAAUUCCAUCUCAUCGUAUCGUAUUGGGUGGCUUUUCUCAGGGUGGUGCACUAUCUCUUUACACAGCUCUAAAAACUCAUCAGAAACUCGCAGGUGUUGUUGCUCUGAGCUGCUGGCUGCCUCUCAGGAACUCUCUCUCAAAGUCAGUGAUUGGCACUAAUAAGGGAAUACCAGUGCUGCAGUGUCAUGGUGAGGCAGAUCCUCUGGUUCCAUUGAUAUUUGGGUGUCUCACAGUGGAGAAACUCAAGACCAUGCUCAAUCCUAACAGCAUCACCUUCAAAACAUAUCCCGGGAUGCCCCACAGUGCCUGCCAUGAGGAAAUGAUGGAUAUAAAACAAUUCAUCGAGAAGCAGCUGCCACCAAUCGACUAAUCAAUGAUGCCUUAAUGAUCCUUUGUCACUGAUCAGUGGGAACAAGCUCUUUCCACAAGCCGCUUUCUCGUCAUCUGAAUGAACUGACAACAAAACGACCAAAUCCAAAUUCUGGACUAAUACUGAUAUCAAACUUACUAACUGGUUCUCAGUGCUUGUCUUAAAAUACUCCUACCCUGCAUAUUUUAUUGUUUGUUUUUCCUGCUUUAAUGAUCUAAUCCAUCAGCCAAUUAACCGGUCCUUCCUGAUUUGAUGUGUGUUUGUUAAAGAAGGGAAAGCAAUAAUAUCUACAGAGCCUGGAUAAUCUUUUUUUUAAAGAUUGUAAAGACGUUUUUUUGUAAUUGGCUAUAGCUGUGUGAUUAUAGACGAGAGUUUGGUUGAUGACAAAAGGUUUCUGAUGACAAAAUGAUGCACAAUAAAAGACAUAAAUGA